AUGAAAUGCCCAGUGCGAGUGCUCCUCGCGUUCGCCAGCUGCAUCAAUUUGAUCCUUGCUGUUGCUACGCCUAUCAACCAAAAGCCACUCAAGCAAGACCUGGAGGUCACUGUGCGACUCGCUUCCGUAGACGACGCGAGAGCUAUAGCAGAAGUCAUCCUCACCGCAUUCGCCGACCUACCACACAUAAAAUAUGCCUACCAGCACGUUAAUCCCGACAAUUUCAAGACCUUAGUCAAGUGCGCAACCUUGAAUAUCGCCGAAGGCCUCAAGUAUGCACAUAUCUUCGCUCACGUUGCUGUUCUUCACACAGAGAAGGGCGACGAAGCCGUGUCUGCUGCCGCUUGGAAGAUGCCCUGGCUGCUGCUUGGUGUUGAGGAGCCGCGGGAGACCGUUGGUCCUUUCAACCCUUUCAGUUCCAUGUGGGCGACUUCGUUCGAGGAAUGUCCUGGCUCUGCGAUCAACAUGACUCGGGCACAGCUGAUCAGUGACAACCUCGCGCUUGCGGAGGAACGCUUGCUGGACGAUGUUCAUGGAUCCCAUCAGCUGUACCUCUCAGUCAUUGGCACGCUGCCAAAGUAUCAAGGUCACGACAUUGCCGGAGGGCUUCUGCGCCAAGGCAUACAGCAUGGGCUUGCUCAGUACCCGAGAUCCCACAGUUCGCUGUACGCUACGCUCUCGGCAACAGAGCCUGGCGAGGUGUUGUACUUCGAGAACGGCUAUACAUCCAUUGAGAAUAUCAGUAUACCGUCUUUAGAAGGCGAUCAGCACUUUAGGUUCGACGUCAUGGAGAAGCUGAUCUACAGAUCUGAAUGA